AUGAAAUCCAGCUUGCUCGUGCUUGUCCUUCUGGUCCUGGCCGUCUCCAUCGAAGCAGCUGCCGUGCCGACAGGUACAAAUACGCUCAACUUGAACAGCGACCAGACAUCGCAGAAUGCCUCCGCAGCCACGCAACAACUCCAGCUCAACAUUGACCCUGACAUUGUCAAUCCCGACUGUGGCGGAAUUUACCCUGCCAACCUCAAUGUCAAGUACGGACCUGAUCCAUUCUACCUCAGCAAUGUCUGCCAACAAGUCUUGAGCUUCAUCGGCGGCAACAAAGGCAAACAAAACGUCGACAUCGUCUGGACGUGCCCCGGAGAACGUACAAAUGGUACGGGCGAUCGUGACACCUUUGUCAUCUUGAACACUCCAGCGAACAACGUUCUCAAUGCCAAUGUUGCUACUCAACAAAUAGCGGCAGACAUGGAGAUACACAGGAUGUCGGACGGAUUCUUCCUCUCUGCGGAUGUUUUGCUCACUGCCAAAGUUGAUGCUUCAAAGGGCAAGGCGACCUUUCAGUUUAUCUUCUGUUGAAAGAGGAGGGAUGUCAAUGAAGCCAGGGGG